AUGGAGAUGCAGAAACCCAUCCAGCCCAACUCACAUACCAGCAAAACCAAUCAAUCAGUGCAUCCCUCAUCGAGCAGUGUUAUACAACUCAAACCAAACAACAAUCACAGCAACGUCAGCUCUACUGUAAUGAUGUCAAAUCAAGAGAACUGGAAAAAUGAGAGGCAGCUUAGAUUUUUCCAUUUUGCCAUUGUCUCUCAGAGUUUGUGCACUUUCAUUAGUGCUGGCAGUAAACUGGCACAGCUUCAGUGUCUGUGGCACUCAAAGGACUCUGGUCAGGUCAGCGGCUGCGCUCUCACCUGGGCUCUGGCCACAUAUACAUGCCUGGCACGGAUCUUCACCACCGUCAUCACCACAGGAGACGCACAAGUCCUCAUCCGGUUUGUUGUCAUGAACAUGUGGGUCACAGUCACAGUCAUCUACUACACACCUCAUGCAGUGAAACAGGAUUAAGGAGAUGCAACUUUCUGCAUACAGUUUGUCUCUUAUGUAUUUUGUCUGCUUUUUUUUUUUGAAGAAGAAGAAGAGGAACUAAACUAGAUUCAGGCCAGGUGCUAUUUGUGUGUAACACUUUCUAUGUUGCAAUUUAAAAGAUUUAAGGUUUAUUGACUUUGCGUAAAUGUGUACAAGCAAAAUUCUUACAAUGCUCUGGGUUUUUCAGUUGAUUUAGUCUUUGCAAGGAAGUUUUA